CAUUAAACGCUAGUUGGUUGAAUGAUGUUGUAUUGAAUGAUUGAAGGUAUUUAUUUCUAUCAUAAUUCAAUCAAACUUACUGCAUCAGCUUUGGAUAGUUUAAAAUUAGACACAUCGGAUAACUGGCUUGAUGAUAAAGAAAAAACAAUAGAAGCAUUGGAACAAGCUGGACGAAUUCUAAUGAAUUUGAUCCCUUCAAUUGUGACACUUCCAAACGAUAUGAUUGGUGUGAUUGAAAAUGAUAGUGUACAAGAUGAUGACGGUGAUCUUGAUGAUGAUGAUAAUGCUAACAGUGAUGAAAACCAAAUCAUUAUUGCCAACAAAAAUAACAACGAAACGCAAUAUGAUAAUCGAUUUUCAAGUUGGGGAAAAAGUGAAGAGAAUGAUGAUGCUGAUGUUGAGGAGGAAGAGGAUGACAAUGAUGAUUAUGGUGCUGAUGAUGAUGAAGGAGAAGAAAUAGAUGAGAGAAAUCACCAUUUGAUUACAUCACUAUGUCGUAUCACCUCUUCAUCUCUGUCAACAUCUGAUGAUCCUGAGCUGGAUCGUUUACCUUCAAAUCAUGAAUAUAUGAUUAGUCGUGAUACAACAAGGACUAGUACUAGUACAAUAGUUGAUCCCAGUCUAGAUACUUUUAAUCAUACAUGUAUCACUGCCGGUCCACCGGCUACUACUACUUAUACUACUAUUACUACUGCGAGUAGUAAUAAUAAUAACAAUAGUAAUGUUAAUAACAGUAGACAAAUAUACGGACAAUUAUUAUCAUGUAAUACAUUGCCUGGGGAAACAGUAUCUCAAAAACAACAAGAAGAAAGUCACUUUAACAGUUCUAAUGAUAAAAAUCAUAAAUUGAAUGAUAACAAAGAGUAAUAAUGAAUAAUAUGAACAAAAAACCAAACCAGUUACCUAUUGUUUUCUCAUCUUGCUAGAUCUUUCACUUUAUUGAUUAAUUCGUCAACUGUUAAGAUGGAGCCACAACAUUAUCUUUUUUUUCCUACUGUUUACAUUUGGUUACUUGUUGUUAACAUGAUUACCAAUAGUUAAUAUAUAUAUAUAUAUAUAUAUAUAUUACCAACUAAUAUACUAACCAACAAUAAUAAUGAUAAAUACCUCUGAUCAUAAUAUUACAAAGAAAAUCGAGUAAUUCUAUGCUAACGUUUGAUCUUUCCUAAGCUCUUUCAUUAUAUCAUCAAAUGAAUUCAUAUAAAGAUAUUUAUAUUUCUAGAAUGUACAUAUUCACUCUUGUAUUUAUUUGCUUAGUAAGU